ACGAAUGCAAGAAAUAACAGGCAACUCGAAAACCGCUAAGUUUAAAAUUUGUUAAUAUUUCAUUUCUACCGCUUAAAUUUGAUAAAGUUUUCAAUAUUAAAUUAGUUUAUGUUGUUAAAUCUGUGGAACUGAGUUCUGAGUUUGUUUAUAUGUAAAUAGUUGGCUAAAAAUUGGCCUUAGGUCGAUUUCAGUUAACUGAUCAAGUAUAUGCGAAAACGAUAUACAAUAGGAUAGAGAAAAUGAAGUCUCCUUUGCCUGUGCCAGAGUUCCUAGAGGAAAACAACCUUUCACUGUCAUUCAAAGAUCCCUACAGAAGAAACAAAGUUCAGCGGCCACCAAAACCACCCAAACUGUAUCCUAAGUUCGACAGUAGUUUUGGUCGAACUUCUAAUGGUUCCCAUUCAGCACACGCCAUUUCAUUCAAAAGUAAUGGAUCGCAGCUGAGCUCGCUUUACCGGCCGGAACAGCGGGAGUCCUACUACGAACAGUGUUUCGAGCAGAUCGUCAAAGUAGGGGAAGGUUCGUUCGGUGAGGUGUUUAAAGUAAGAAGCAAACUCGAUGGAUGCUUCUAUGCGGUGAAAAAAUCGAAGGAGCUCUUUCGUGGUGAGAAUUAUCGUCACGAACGGCUCGAGGAAGUUCGACGGUACGAGCAAUUCAGUGAACAUGAGAAUUGUAUCAAGUUGUAUCAAGCGUGGGAACAGGAAGAUAGGCUGUAUAUGCAAAUGGAGCUCUGCAAAGGAAGUUUGGAAGACUACGUAUGUGAACAGCGUUUUAUACCGGAGGAAAAAAUAUGGGCCAUACUGUUGGACUUGUUACUGGGCUUGAAAAGUUUGCAUGAUCGGAAUUUGAUUCACUUGGAUAUUAAACUGGAUAAUAUUUUAAUCACAGACGAUGGGGUCUGUAAAUUAGCUGACUUUGGACUCGUGUUCGAUUUGAACAAUAUGAAUCUCAAUCACGCAACAGAGGGAGACUCCCGGUACAUGGCACCAGAGCUGAUGGAAGGCCGUUACACGAAAGCGGUAGAUAUUUUUAGUCUUGGGAUAGCGAUAUUGGAGCUAACCUGCAACGUUCAGCUACCUUCGAAUGGACAUCUUUGGCAGAACUUGCGAAGUGGAGUGCUUCCGAACGAGCUUCUGUCUCGAAGAUCCAGUGAACUGCAGGACGUGAUACGAUGGAUGAUGUGUCCAGUGCCAGAAAGUCGACCUUCGGUCGAUACACUGCUAAAGUUUCCGAGAAUUGUUUCAAUACAUCGCGAGAGACGACGUUGGCACUUAGUGCGCGGAAUUCGAUCCUACAUGCACCGAAAGAUGUGCAAUCUAAGAUGCUUAUUGGCCAGUUUGGUAAUUUCAAUUGUAAAUUGUUUACGGCUCAAACACGCAAAGCCGCCGAUGCACGGCGUUGGACGCAAAGGACAUCUGGACAGUCACAAUCGAAGUUAUUGUAACGGAAUUAAUAGCAGUGUGCGGACGUGCCUGAUGAAGGAUUUCGACGAUGAACUGGAGGAUAAUUUACUCACGUCAUCCGGAGAGCUAGACGUAUCAGCUAGCAGCGGUGGAACGGGAAUCCAAAUUACACCAACUUUCAACAAUUCUGUGCCUACGCAUACGCCGAAUGCAAGGAUGAUGAAUUCAACUCCGCUGAAUCACAGUCACGCGGGACUCAGGUUGCGAUUCCGAAAUCACGCUAUCGAUACACCAUCCGGAAACGGAAGUUUCGAUUCAGCCGAAGAUGAUAUUUCGUUUGCCAUGGAUUCUAAUCAUAGCUACGGUGCAGAAGAGUUACAACAGUCACGUCACUCGUUGCUGAAUCAUGCUUCGGCGGGUGUCAGUGAGUCUUCCUAUCUCACGAAAAAGAAAUUAUUCUUCAAGUCAGACGAAUCAGACUAGCUUAGCUUUGUUGAGGUUGGUUCCUUGUUUCGAAUAGCAGCACAUAAUCGUUUCCCGAGUCCAAAACGAACCGUGAUUACCAGCUGGAGUCUGGUAAAGACACUCAAUCGCACAGUCGGUUCCAUCGAUCUGAUAACCAACCGAAUUCUACUCAGGAAGGUCACGUUGGUGGUUAGUGUCCAUCUCUGCAUCGAUACCAGUACGUACUGCGAUUCGCUCACGAAGUGACACCAAAAAUUUAACAAUUCCAACGCGAACAGGUGAUCUAUUUAGCUUUUAGCCCAGUCUAAAGAACUGAUACUAACUAACGGUAGCGCUAGCAAAGAUAUAAAGAAAUGAAAAUACUUGUGAUAUUUGAGGGAACAGAUAUGAAAUAAUUCUGAAAGUUUGUUUAAUUUUGACGUGUGAAACAUUAAAUAGUGUUUAUUCAAAAAUGAAUAAAAUUAGAUAAAUGAAAUCGAUUCCUUAGUAAUAUAACUAGAAGAAGGCAUGGUAAAACAAAACGUUUUACGGUGUAGUGAGUGUUGAAAAUAGGAUAUCAAAUAUCAUUCAAUAGCCAGCAUUUCUCCGACAUUUAUUUUUCCUUAUAGAAUUUCUAUAUAAUAAUAAUGCAAUAAAACAGUAUUUUUAUCAUCCGCAAAA